GACGCCGAUCACCACGUCCGAUCAUACAUACUCUCGAUCCGCCGGAGCACCACCGGAGUAAGCAUUACCACUACUACUACGAGCUAGCUUGCCGGAGGAAACAGGGCACGGAGGGAUAGAGGUAGCCAUGGCGCAGCCGCAGCCGCAGAGAAUGGAGGACCAGCUGCAAUCCCAGGCCCAGGGCCAGGGCCAGGGCCAGACGGAGGCCAUCAAGUACGGCCACGUGUUCGCCGUCACGGGCGAGCUCGCCGGCCAGCCCAUCGCGCCGCGGGACGCCGCCGCGAUGCGCUCCGCCGAGGAGAGCGUGCCGGGCGUCCCCGUCCCGCAGGAUAUCGGCGGGGGCUACAGCGCCGGGGUCGCCAUGGAGACGGCCGCCGCGUACAACCAGGCCGUCGCCGCCGUUCGUCCCGGCCAGGCCAGCGACGCCGCCACCAACCAGGGCAUCGCCGUCACCCAGACCUCCGUGCCCGGCGGCCGCAUCAUCACCGAGUUCGUCGCCGGCCAGGUGGUGGGGCAGUACUCCGUCGCCGACCAGGCGGUGGAGCAGGACGCGACCAAGAUAACCGUGGGCGAGGCGCUGGAGGCGACGGCGCUGGCCGCGGGCGAACGUCCGGUGGACAGGACGGACGUGGAGGCCAUCCGCGCGGCGGAGAUGGCGGCGCAAGGGUCCGACGUGACCAUGCCCGGCGGCCUCGCCGACCAGGCGCAGGCGGCGGCGCGCUCCAACGCCGACGCCGACCGCGACGACGACAAGAUCACGGUGGGCGAUGUCCUCACGGACGCGACGGCGAAGCUGGCGGGGGACAAGGUGGCGGGGGCAGAGGACGCGGCGAAGGUUGUGCAGGCGGAGACGUACAGCGACGCCGCAGCGCGGACCAGGGCCGGCGGGGUGGGCGCCGCGGUGUCCACGGCGGCGAGGCUCAACCAAGCCGACGACGACGCCGAUGACGACGCUGAGUGAACCAGUCCCCUGUACUUUUUUGUGGUAUCACUGUGCCGGCCCGUACACAGCUAGUGCGUGUCCCUGUACCUUUUGCGUGUGUAUAUGCUGCAGUCAGAUGAGUCAAGCGUGUGAUGUCACCUGUUGCUGUGGACACAAAUAAAGAAGCGAGUGUGGUGGUGUUUCCCAUGGUUUGCACCAGUCUCCUCUGAUGCAGUCUCGUUCUCUGUUUCUUUUUGCUGAGCUCUUCAAGUAUGGAAUGUAAGCACAUAAUCAAGCCUGAGCUAGCUUCCUUC